AUGCGUUGCAACACCGUUAUUGCUUUGUCUUUCGCUUUUCUCUACUCAGUCUUCGCCGAGUCAGUCUCGCCCCGAGGCUUCGGCGACAUUUUAGGAGGCCUGCCCACCGACAACUUGCUCGGCGGCGGCAACCUACCGGGAGGUGACAUGCUCAGCGGCCUGGGAUUCGGCGGCCAGCCCAGCGAAACCUCUUGUGCCGACCAAUCUGCACUCCUUCUCAACGCCAAUGUGCUCGGUCACACCCGUUGCUCCGGUAGUGGCGGUGCCGGCUUGAUGAGCUGCAACGGUCAGAACGGCGGCAAAUUCGGCCCCGUCACCUUGCCCUCUCUCGCCAAUGUCCAGGCCCUCACCUCCGUCGACUGCACCAACUAG